AUGGUUGGCCUUUCCUGCACUCUCGCCUCUGAAGACCUAAAGGGGGAGUUCCUGCAGCUGCUCCGGGGAGGACACCACUGUGAGGGUCUCGUGCAGGUUGGAUACCAUGGGCAGCAGGGCCUCCUGUGUGGGGACAGCUGGGACCUGGAGCUGGCGGCCCUGGUCUGCAGACAGCUGGACUGUGGUAAAGCCCUUGCAGUCCCCACAUAUGUGAUUCAGCCUGAAGAGAGCCCACAGGUCGUGCUCCAGGGUGUGCACUGCCAGGGUGCAGAGUCCUCGCUUUGGGAGUGCUCCUUGGGGCCGUGGGGGACAACGUGGGACUGUGGGUGUCAGUGCAUUAGUGCUGUGCACUGCUCAGAUGGGAACUUGGCAUCGUUGCAACUGAGUGGAGGGAGUAGCCCCUGCACUGGAACCUUUGAGAUAAAGAUGCAGGCUGACAUCAUUCUGAAGUGUGGCUUGCCCAAGGAGGAGGCCAGCAUCUUUUGCAGACAGCUGGGGUGUGGAUCGGCACUCCAGGGGUCCACAGCCCACCUCCAAGGGAGCCUGGGGGCUGAGCAGCUGAAGGUUGUGACCUGCCAGGGGACAGAGACCCACAUCUUCAACUGCAGGUUCAACCUGAACCUCCUAGACCAAUGUGAUCAUUCGUCAAAUACUGUAGUGGUAUGUUCAGGGCACAUGGAGGCCCGGCUAGUGGGCGGAGACCACACCUGCGCUGGGCUUCUGGAGGUACGGCGGGGGCUGACCUGGGGCACCAUCUGCGAGGCUGACCUGGACUUGCCCACGGCCAACGUGAUCUGCAGAGAGCGGCAUUGUGGCUCAGCUGUUUCCACACCUAGGGGUGCACACUUUGGCAGGGGCUCUGGGCCCGUGUGGACUGAGGCCUUCCACUGCAUGGGCAAUGAGUCCCUGCUGUUUGACUGCCCUCGGGGCCCUGGACACUGGGAGCUUUGUAACCACAGCCAUGAUGCAGGGCUCAGGUGCUCAGGAGAAAGUGUCUACCGUGCCCUGCGUCUGAGGGACGGGCAGAGUCGCUGUGAUGGACGUGUGGAGAUAUCCCUGGAUGGGGUGUGGAGCCGCGUCCUGGACGACGCCUGGGACCUGCGGGGCGCCGCCGUCGUGUGCAGGCAGCUUCAGUGCGGGACGGCAGAGGGAGCCUAUGACGCUCCUGCUCCAGGCUACGGCGUUGUGCCCGUAGGGCUGCAGCACGCGCGCUGUCUGGGCAAUGAGAGCCACCUGGACCAGUGCAACCUGUCCAUGUCGCUGCUGGUGCCCGUAGAGAGUCUGCCGGACGCCGGCGUCGUUUGCUCUGGUCUGGGAGACUUGGAGGUGCCUCCUGGAGAAGCCACCUAUGAAGUGAUCAAUGAUGUACCUUCACCAGAGCUGUAUGAGGAAACUGUGGGGAUAGAGGACGAGUUCCAGGUUUCAGAAUGGCUGCUGGACCCCCAGGAUGCACAUCCUGCACUCAACGAAGGAGGCGACGGCGAGUCUUUCUCUCAUGGUUAUGAUGAUAUUAUGUUGGAGGAAACAGCUUCAUAA